GUCCGUCGGUGAGGGCUAACGGUUUCCGGGAGCGGUAGCCCCCCGAGGGGUGGAGAGAGGAGGCGAAGCGGCGUCCCGAAACCCCGGACCCCGCGGCCGCUGCGACAUGAUGGGCUACGGGGCGUCCUCCUCGGAGUCCACGGAGGGCGAGGAGGCCGUGGAGGCCCCGGGGCCGCCUCCGGAGCCGCGAGCCCCGGAGCCGCGAGCCCCGGAGCCCGAGCCCGGCUUGGACUUGAGCCUGAGCCCGAGCCCGCUGCCCGAGAGUCCGAAGCGGCGGGACGGCGGCCCGGGGCGGCGGAAGGGGCGGCGGGGCGGCAGCCGGAGGGGGCGGCAGGUGAGCGGCGGCGAGGCCCGCCUGGAGCUGCGGAGCGCGCGCGCCGCCGCCGCGCACUUCGAUGCGGCGCGGGCGGUGGAGGAGCGGCUGAGGAAGUCGUUCCGGGCCCGCUGCGCCCUGGAGGAGACCGUGGCGGAGGGGCUGAACGUGCCGCGCUCCCGGCGGCUCUACCGCGACCUGGUGAGUCUGCAGGUGCCGGAGGAGCAGGUUCUGAGCGCGGCGCUGCAGGAGAAGCUGGCGAUGCUGCCGCCGCAGCCCCGAGCCCCGCCGCCGAAGGAGGUGCUCACGCCGGGGCCAGAUAUGACCAUGCUGUGCAACCCGGACUCUCUGUGCUACGAAUCUCCGCACUUGGCCGUGGACGCGCUGCCCGCGCUGAGGCUUCAAGCGCGGCCCCGCCCUUCAGAAGACACCUUCCUCAUGCAUCGGAUGCUGAGGCGCUGGGAAGCGUAGCCCUCAAAACCACCCGAACUGCUUUUCCCUAAAACUGUUUCCUCACAGAAUAAAUCUUUUCCCUAAGUUUCCAA